CCCCUCCUGCCGCCCCAGGCGGGGCCCGGACCCAGCUCCUGAGAGCGCUGACGCAGGGCUCUGGAAGAGCAGGGAGCAGUGGGCUCCUCGCUGGGCAUGGACCCGCAGAGACUCGACUCCUACCAGGAGGGAGCCGGCCCAGACUUCAACGAGCACGUCCUGCAUAAGACCAUCCUGGUGGGUGACAGUGGCGUGGGGAAGACAUCUCUGCUGGUUCAGUUCGACCAGGGCAAGUUCAUUCCGGGCUCCUUCUCAGCCACUGUGGGCAUCGGAUUCACAGUGAUGCUUCUGGGAGACUCAGGUGUCGGCAAAACCUGUUUCCUGAUCCAAUUCAAAGACGGGGCCUUCCUGUCCGGGACCUUCAUAGCCACGGUCGGCAUAGACUUCAGGAACAAGGUGGUGACGGUGGAUGGUACAAGGGUGAAGCUACAGAUCUGGGACACCGCAGGGCAGGAGCGUUUCCGCAGUGUCACCCACGCCUACUACCGAGAUGCCCAGGCCUUGCUCCUGCUGUAUGACAUCACCAACAAAUCUUCCUUCGACAACAUCAGGGCCUGGCUCACUGAGAUUCAUGAGUACGCCCAGAGGGACGUGGUGAUCGUGCUGCUAGGCAACAAGGCGGAUGUGAACAGCGAAAGGGUGAUCCGUUCUGAGGACGGAGAGACUCUGGCCAGGGAAUACGGUGUUCCCUUCAUGGAGACCAGCGCCAAGACCGGCAUGAACGUGGAGUUAGCCUUCCUGGCCAUUGCCAAGGAGCUGAAACACCGGGCAGGACAGCAGGCUAACGAGCCCAGCUUCCAGAUCCGAGAUUAUGUGGAGUCCCAGAAGAGACGGCCCAGCUGCUGCUCCUUUGUGUGACUCUCAAGGGGCUGAGGAGCAGCCCCAGAGGCCCCCGGGACAAAGCUGUCUCCCCAACACUGGCUUAAUCUGGGCAGCUGAGCCAAUGGGGAGAGAGUUGGGAGGUCCAGUACACAACCCUUUCCCCCAGGCAGCUGUAUCGUAGGUCCCACCCUCAUUCCUGUAGCUUCCGGUAUCCUGGGGGAGGGUAAAAUACUUGCAUUUUAUCUUAAUGAAACAUAAUACCAAAAUGAAAAAGAAAAAGGCAACCGGAUGCUCAGAAAACUGAGAUAGGGACCUGGUAGUCCUUUUGCCUUCUUGAAUUUAGGACUAAGACCUGAGAGGCUGGGCCUCCCUCUUAGCAACAAGGGUGGCAUUGCCCCAGCUCAGUGUCAGCGGACUCUGUGGCCCCUGCAAGAGCUGCUAGUGUGACUCCAUCACCAUCAUCUCUUCACCUGGAAAGGCUAAACAGCCCUGGCUUUUGUGUCUUCCAGCUCCCCAGGGAACACUCUUCCCCAGUAAGUUUCACUAGGAGCUAGACCAAAGCCUCAGGGAGGAUAAGAGUUAGAGAUUAGGAGGGGCCUUCUUCCUGGGACUGGAAACGGGUGGUAGAGACUAGAGUCUGUCCUUCAGCUACCUCUGGCCUUCCUGACCCCUUCCUGAAGGUGCAACCCCUCCCCUCCAGCACCAAGUACCCUGGGGCAGCUGGAAAUAUUGGCUCCUGGACCUCAGAUCCCAGAGGAACCCUUCCCCACAUCCCUAUGUCAUCUGCCUUUCUGCGCCUAUCCCUAGACACCUGAGGUCAGAGCUAGGAAAACAUUUCUCUUCCCUUUCCAAUCCUUUGGAGGGUGAGCAGCCCCACAGCUACUUUAAGCAGCAGAGGUGCUUAGCUCCUCUGGUUAAGAGCCAGAUAAAGAGAAACUCCUGGAUCCUGGGGCGAGUGAGAGGCAGGAUGGAGCAAACCUGCCCCCAGUCUACCUCCCUAACCCCAAGCUCUCCCUCCAGUCUGACUACCAUGCCCUUUGCUUUAACUUCUCAGACACCAGGGUGAAAACUGCUUUAUCUCCACUCCUACUGAGACAGGUUAGGAAGUGCAUUCAUCCAAAAUAAGAAGAAGUGGGUAAGCCUAGGGUGAGGAGAGGGGCGGCAAAGAGUCUGUGUGGGCCCAGGGUCAUAUUUCUCCCAAAGCCCUCACCUCAGUCCUUGAAAGUGAACCCAAGACGUGCAGGUCAUGGCCUUCAGGCACCUCCAGCCCUGCAGGCCAGGGACUGGGGAAGCAUAGGAAAGAAGUAUUCAAGGCACAUUUAUGAGGCUACUGCAUUUGCUUUAAAGGCAGAAAUCUUGCUCUUUGAGCUCCCACUUGGGCCGAUAAGGAAGAUAACAAAGUUCUCCCUAGUCUCUCCCAGGUGGAGCAGGGAGAGGCCUGAUCUUGCAGGUCUCUUCUGGAACCCAGGGCAGGUUUCAAAAGAUAGAGGCACAUAGGCAGCUCUGGGUUUCUACCAUUUGUGUUUUUCAGAAUUAAAUUGCAGUAUUUUGGAAGUACACCCUGUCCACUGUUUGUUUGAAGUGGGCAUGGGAGGAGGGAUCACGUUAAAGGAAUCGUUAUUGCACAUUGGGGCAACUGCCCUUGACUGCCAAAAUCAUUGGCUCUUCAUCCUUCAGUGUCUUCAAAGGGUCAGCUCGCCCUUCACUGACCGCCCCCCUCUGAGAUAUCUGGCAAGAGAGAGCUGGAAUGCUUAUCUUGCCUUCCUGGUCACUUUUCUUUCCCUGUUGAAAAAAGCCAGGGCUCCUUUCCUGGGGGAGUGCACCCUGAGAUUGAUUACCUGACUCAUUCCGCUUCGCCUCACCGCACCUCCCUAACCAGACGCUGACGCCAGUGCCCUACGGUGUCCAGUUUAACGUGGGCUUCAGAGGAGCCUCGGGCUCUCUGCUUCAUCCACUGGCCUUCCCAACAGGGAUCAGAGCCCGCGCCCAAUACUCAGGUCCUGGGACAGCGCAAAGUGACUCCACAAACGGAAACACUGUUAUUCAAACAAUUUGGUCGUGUCCAAGGAGGACCUGCAUCCAGUUCUUGACAGCCGGUCCUC